CUGCAUUCCUUGCUGCAUUCCAUCUCAUCCCACCACAUCACACCUAAUCUUAUCCUGUUUAGUUCCGCCGAACGAAUAAGACUCGAAAGAGCUUCCUAAUUCACCUUCUUUUCCACCCCCUCCUAUUCCAUCUCUUCCCCAAAACAAAUUAUCGUUGUGACCCAACAACUUACAUACGCGAUCGCUUGCCCUCGAGCUCCUUCUGUCCGUUUUCCUCGACGUUUUCAUCUCUCUACUCUCCUAUUAAUUAGGUGACUUAGCCCAACUAUGGCUGCCCAAGUUAACGGCGAGGUUCACCCAUCAUCCGCGACUCUAUCGCAUAUCAGAGGAUACCCUGUGGUAAACGAUAGCAUUGCUUACAUCAAAGGGAACCCCUAUGGCCAGAAGUCGAUAGAGCUAGGCGAUUCCGCCUACAAGACCUUCGCUAAACCAGUAGUUCCGUACUUGGCCAAGCCCUACCAAUAUGUCUCUCCCUACAUCAAGAAGGCCGAUCAAAUUGGUGAGGAUGCCCUGAGCAAAAUCGAUGAGCGUCUUCCCGUCCUAAAGAAGCCUACCGGUGAGCUAUUGACCGACGGCAAGAACCUAUUCUUCCUCCCUCUCCGCAAGGGGUUCGAAACCAAGGACCACGUCCUCGACAUCUACAACUCCGAGUACAAGAAGGUUGGAGGUGACGGCCUCGUAACAUCCGGCAAGGCGCUCGUCUCGACCGGUCUUGUUGUCACAACCGAAGCGCUCAACUGGAUUGGUGACCUUCUCCGAGCUGGCAAGGUACAGGCUAAGGAAACACGCAACGAAGCAUCUCGCCAGGCAAACCACGGAAACACCAACCAAGGAUAAAAGACGCUUUAAUACGGAAGUAAGGAGGCGAUUUUCGGCAUAGUCUCUUUUUGAUACCAUGCAUCUCUCCUCUGUCAUCGG